CCUGGGGUUGGCACACCUGCCCUUGUGACAGGCCAUGGCGGGCCGUGGCGGAACUGCGCGGCCAAACGGGCCAGCUACCGGAAACAAGAUCUGUCAGUUCAAGCUGGUGCUGCUGGGGGAGUCGGCCGUAGGGAAGUCCAGCCUCGUCUUACGGUUCGUGAAAGGACAGUUCCACGAGUACCAGGAGAGUACCAUUGGAGCUGCUUUCCUCACACAGACCAUUUGCCUAGACGACACAACAGUCAAGUUUGAGAUCUGGGAUACGGCCGGGCAAGAGCGCUACCACAGUCUGGCGCCCAUGUAUUACCGAGGGGCGCAAGCGGCCAUCGUUGUCUACGACAUCACAAACAUGGACACCUUUGUGCGAGCCAAGAACUGGGUGAAGGAAUUGCAACGGCAAGCCAGCUCCAACAUAGUCAUUGCCCUGGCAGGGAACAAGGCUGAUUUGGCCAGCAAGCGAGCUGUUGACUUCCAGGAAGCUGCAGCGUACGCAGAUGACAACAGCUUGCUGUUCAUGGAGACGUCUGCAAAGACUGCAAUGAAUGUGAACGAAACCUUCAUGGCAAUAGCCAAGAAGCUCCCCAAAAAUGAACCGCAGACUGCAACUGGGACGGCGGGCAGGAAUCGGGGCGUCAACCUCCAGGAUUCCGAGCAACCCACCAGGGGGCUGUGUUGUAGCAACUGAGGGGGUCUCUGCCUCCUCUUCUCGGAUUGCCCCGACUGGAAUGCGCCUGAACCGGACUGCGCUUACAGAAGAACUGCUGCCAGGAUCCUUCUUUCUUCCCUCC